GCUACUUGAGGGCCGAGCCGCCGCCCUGGCCCGCACCACUUCGCCAGCAGCCCCGGGAGCAGCGGAGUCGCGGAGGAGCCCAGAGGCGCGGAAAAUGGCCGACAGUUUCUCGCUCAAUGAUGCCUUGUCUGGGUCUGGAAACCCAAACCCUCAAGGCUGGCCUGGUGCAUGGGGGAACCAGCCUGGGUCUGGGGCAGGGGGCUACCCAGGAGCUUCUUAUCCUGGGGCCUACCCCGGGCAGGCACCCCCAGGGGCCUACCCUGGACAGGCACCUCCAGGAGCUUAUCCUAGCCCAGCUGCACCUGGAGCUUAUCCUGGACCGACUGCACCUGGAGCUUAUCCUGGACCGACCGCACCUGGAGCUUAUCCUGGACCACCUGCACCUGGGGCUUACCCAGGACAACCAAGUGCUCCCGGGGCCUACCCAAGUGCUCCAGGUGCUGCCCCCUAUGGUACCCCUGCUGGACCACUGACUGUUCCUUAUGAUCUGCCCUUGCCUGGAGGAGUCACGCCUCGCAUGCUUGUAACUAUUCUGGGCACAGUGAAGCCCGACGCAAACAGAUUUGCUCUAGAUUUCAAGAGAGGCAAUGAUGUUGCCUUCCACUUUAAUCCACGCUUCAAGGAAAACAACAGCAGAGUUAUUGUGUGCAACACAAAGGCGGACAACUCCUGGGGAAGGGAAGAAAGACAAGCAGCUUUCCCCUUUCAAAGUGGCAAACCAUUCAAGAUACAAGUCCUGGUUGAACCUGACCACUUCAAGGUUGCUGUCAACGAUGCUCACUUGUUGCAAUACAAUCAUCGGAUGAGAAAUCUCAAGGAAAUCAGCAAACUGAGCAUUUCUGGUGACAUUAACCUCACCAGUGCUUCAUACGCAAUGAUAUAAUCCACAAAGGGCAUAUCUUUAAAUCCAAAUCCUAUACAUUUAAAGGCCUCACAUUCACUGUAAGUGAAAAACUUUUCACUUAUUCAUCAGUACCCUCUUGUAAGCCAUCCAUUUAAUAAAUAUUCUAUGC